UCCAGUAAUCUGGUUUCAGUCUGAUUUUAUUUUUUUAUUUUUACAUCUGAUACUUCCUAUUGUUGUUGCUAUUGUUGAAAGCCCGGUAUCACACGUUUCAUCUCGUGCCAAUGUAUAUAUGAACAAAUGCAAACUUCCCGGUGUAACCAGAUAUACGUGAGACAGGUUUUAAAUAAUUAUUUGUUCUUUUACAACUGACAAUUUUUCACAAUUCAAACAAUAGAAUAUUUGAGUAUAGGAAAAUAUUUCGCAACGCAAAACUGAAAUUCAAAUGCUUGUUACAUGACAUUAUCAUUUCAUAAAUAAUCUAUUAGAAAUAUAAUUAUGUCAGAUAUUUUGAAAUUUAAUUUUGCUUAUGGUCGAAACUGUGAUUUCAAAACGUAGAGAAAAGGCGUGCAUGACAAACUCUGAAAUUCAGGUGCUAAACGAGCGAUAUUUUGGUUUACAUAUAUUACAUAACAAAGAGUGGAUACAGUAGAAAAGGAAUCGUUUGAAGUGUGGCUGCAUCUCCAUAAAUGUUUUGGGCUUCAGAUCAAAAACUUGUCUGACUUGACAACCGCAUGGCUUCGAGUUCUACUUAUCAAAAUCAGCUAUGGAUUCUGUGAAUACCCAAUCUACUUUCAUAUCAAAAGUAAUGGAUCGUCUCUGUUAUGGUCCAGAUAUGGUAUCAUUAAGACAAACCGUUUACAAAAAUAUGGAAACGGAAUGCAAUAGGAUACUAUCUGGUGAACGUCAUAUCGUGUUAACUGGUAGUAAAGCUGAAGGGUUGACGGCAGUGCUAGAGAGCGAUACUGAUAUCAUGACCGUUUUCACCGAAAUUAUUUGUUCAGAAAAUCCCGCCUCUGUCAGAAACAGAGAACAAUUAACUGUAUUUAAAACAGACAUGAACUAUGCUGCUCCGGGUUACACUUUUCUUCGAAUCAUAAAUGUAGGUCACAGUCCUUUUGGUAUCAUUCGUAUACCUGAUUUGCUAGUGGAAAUUUCACCGAGACAAAUAUACUUGUCCAGUGACUUCUGGAAGAAUGAAUUUAAACAGAAUACAAUAGAUGAUUCUAAUUUACCUGGAAACCAUGGUUUUAAAAAUGUUGAUCGGAAAAAUCACGGUCCGUCGAUAUCAAUUUCUGCUUUUGGUACAUUGUUUUGCGAUUGUGUUUACGCUUUCGUUUGUAAUUGCCCUCAUUACCUAAAUGCAUGGGUAUCUAGAAAACGAUUACAUAAGUGGCCGUCCUCCGAUCUUAUAAGGGAAGUUUCCAAAUUGGAGUCGCAUGUUGUACCGGUAGGCAGCCGUGAUAGCUGUGUACAAUUCUUAGAAUGGAGAAUCUGUUUCACCAAAGGAGAAAUUAGAUUAGUUCAAAGUCUAAACGACUGCCUAACCAAAGUUCUAAUAUUACUGAAGCAGAUUGCCAAAGUUACACUGAAACCUCUGAGUGAAGACAUGACCACCUAUAUCAUGAAGAACAUAGUAUUGUGGCUGGCUGAAACAAACAGUUAUGACAGUUUUACUGAAGAUAAUUUGAUCCUGGUGCUGCACUUAUCUUUAAGGCUCUUGAAAAUAUGUGUUUUAAGAAAUAAUCUUCCAAGCUAUAUGAUACCCGAAAGGAAUCUGUUGUUUAACAGGUUAACAGUCAAACAAAGGACCAACAUUUGUAUGAGGAUUGAUUUUCUGCUAAGGGAAGGGCCUCGGAUAGUCCUUAGGUGGCCAAAAAUCAGAGAUGCUUUCACCAUGAUAUAUCGCACACCAGAUGAAUUCGAUGAGUUUUCUAAAACACGCCGCCAAAAGCAACUUUUCUACCUAUUUCAUAUUGAAUAUAUUUUAUGUAGAUCUCCAAGAAGAGCCUUCACGCCAUUCACGACUGUCGAACAGGUAAUGAGAGCUUUGCCAUUUUGCGAUUUUACAGAAGGAGACUUUGAACGAAAAUCCGAGGAAAUCAAAUAUUUGAUAAGUUCGCUUCGAGAUGAUAUAAACUGUGCUUCUGCUAUAAAUCAGCUCAAAGUGUAUUUGGCUUGAAGUAUUCAAUGAUAGAUAAUAUGACCAAUCCAUUAACCUUUAGCCUGCUGACGGCAAGUGAUUUUGCCUUUGCGACUGUAAAUUUUCAGAGAACACCCCCUUGAAUAAUAAAUGGUAUUGCCCAAAUGAAUGAUGGACCAGUCUAUUUUAGAAAUUUAGCAGGGUAAAGGUUAAAAUUCGUCAUAUAAACGUUUCACCCCAUUUAACAACAUUUCCCACAGUCUACACUUUUUUUUGCUGUUGUUUUUCGUUUUUGAAAAAUGUUUGACUAUGCAUGUACUUGUUUACUGCCUUACACAUAUCCUUUACUUUUGCAACCUUUCAGAUAAUAUGUAUAAUAUUAAAUCACUAAAAUACUGGCACUUUCAUCAGGAUCGAAGUUCCUAGCUUGGCUCUGUACAAUACAGGUCAUAUAUGGUAACUUUGAACACGGUAUGUAUAAAAUCCGUUAUAUUUGAACAGUUUUUAACACUGUCAUGUUGUUCAACAAGGGAAACAAGAUUAAAUGGUUCAUGAAAAAUAUCAAAGCAAAUGUUAUUGUUCAACAUGAUUCUCUGAUAUCUUACUUAAUAUUAAACUGGCACGUUAAUUAAAUAAAAAACGGACUGUCACUGGCCUGCUUAAUGUACAUUACUUUUUCCUGUAUAUAAUAUUUUAAGCCCGCCCGCUCAGCUCAGUAGGAAGAGCAUUGGUCCACGGAUCGCGGGUUCGUGAGUUCGAUCGGGGUGUAUGUUCUCCGUGACUAUUUGAUAAAACGACAUUGGGUCUGAAAUCAUUAGUUCUCCACCUCUGAUUCAUGUGGGGAAAUUGGCAGUUACUUGCGGAGAACAGGUUUGUACUGGUUCAUAAUGCAGGAACACUGCCCACCGUUACAUAAUAUUGUUGAAAAAUGGAAACAAACAUAAUUGCUUUGUUUUGUUGAAGCUGAGUAAGAUUUUACGAUUUUAUGACAACAUAAGUUUUGUCUUAAUGCAUGCAUGUUGGUUUAUUUAUCAUUUCAUCCGCAUAUAUUUCCUUAAAAUGAUGAAUAAAAUCUGUAAAAAGAGUUUAUACCAAGGAAAAAUUAUAGUGACGGUAUAUGUCUUUCAUUUCUAUAAAAUUAUAUAUAUUGGAUAUAUCUUGUUUAUCUUCAGAAUAAUGUCGAGAUUUCGAUAAAUUUAUUCGAAAUUGUAUUAGUGAUAAAGUCAAAUUGAAUACAAAAAUAUAAAGCUUGAAAUGUUUAAGAUUGCGUAGAUGUCUAACAUGUUAAGAGUUUGCCUAUGAAUUAGAGGUUACUGUCAGAAUCUUUAAGAACAAGUUAUACAAUCAUGAGUCUAAUUUUAUGUUACAAACAGAUGUUAUGUAUAAUAACAUGGCAAGAAAAACUACUUUCAUUACGGAACAUGCGAUUAUUCCAAGAUAGCAUUGAGUAUAAGGAUAGGUCAACGUCAGUAAGUGAGGCGUGACUUAUCCGCUAUCCUCGUCGUUUACCGCAGUAAUUUUAUGAGCUCAAAGUGCAGACACGCUUCGAUGCAUAAAGUUGAUCUGUACCACUAAUUCGAAAUACUAUUCGAUUUUGGACGGAUUGUCAAGGACCACGAUAUAUUUUGCACUUCGCCGAAGGAAAAUAGUUCUAACAUGGCAGCAUCUAGAACAACUGAAAUUACAACGUUUCACUGUACGCUUUAACUGAAUGCAGACGAUUAGUGUAGUAUAACGCGAGCAGAUGA